GGCUUCCUGCCGUGCGUCAGAGCUCCCCGAUCUCCUCCUCGCACAGAUCCCCUCCCGGCCAUGGCUCUGUGAUCCCGCACAUGGCGCCCGCAGCAGCCAUGCAGAGCCACCCCCGGUCCAUCCGUCACCCCCCGGCUCCCCGGCACUGAUACUCGCGCCCCCUGCGUCCGCCAUUGCACUCCCCGCGGUUCCCCCUCAGACGACUCCCGGUAUUGCUCGCCCGUUCCCCGCCGUCAUGGGAGUUCACGGCUUCCAGGACUACAUCGAGAAGCACUGCCCGAGCGCUGUGGUGCCGGUGGAGCUACAGAAGCUGGCCCGGGGCAGCCUGGUGGGGGGAGGCCGGACGAGGCCCCCGCAGACCCCACUACGCCUGCUGAUAGACGCCGAGAACUGCCUGCACCGGCUGUACGGCGGCUUCUACACCGACUGGGUGAGCGGCGGCCAAUGGAACCACAUGCUGGGCUACCUGGCGGCCCUGGCCAAGGCCUGCUUCACCGGCAACAUCCAGCUCUUCGUCUUCUUCAACGGCGCCCUAGAGAAGGCCCGGCUGCACGAGUGGGUGAAGCGGCAGGGGAAUGAGAGGCAGACGGCCCAGCAGAUCAUCAGCCACGUGCAGAACAAGGGCACCCCCCCGCCCAAAGUCUGGUUCCUGCCGCCCGUGUGCAUGGCGCACUGCAUCCGCCUGGCGCUGGUCAAGUUCCAUGUCAAGGUCGCACAGAGCAUUGAAGAUCACCACCAAGAAGUUAUUGCUUUCUGCCGCGAAAACGGUUUCCAUGGCUUGGUCGCAUACGACUCUGAUUACGCACUGUGCAACAUCCCGUAUUACUUCAGUGCCCAUGCCCUAAAACUGAGCCGCAAUGGGAAGAGUCUCACGACCAGCCAGUAUCUGAUGCAUGAAGUUGCGAAGCAACUGGACCUCAAUCCAAACCGAUUCCCCAUUUUUGCUGCUCUUUUAGGUAAUCAUAUCCUGCCUGAUGAAGAUUUAGCUGCCUUCCAUUGGAGUUUACUUGGUCCAGAACACCCGCUGGCGUCAUUGAAGGUUCGUGCCCAUCAGCUAGUUUUACCGCCCUGCGACGUGGUCAUCAAAGCUGUCGCUGACUACGUACGCAACAUUCAAGACACAGAUGAUUUAGAUGCCAUCGCUAAAGAUGUAUUCCAGCACUCGCAGUCCAGAACAGACGAUAAAGUUUCAAGAUUCAAGAGAGCAGUCGCCUAUUACAGAGCAACCAACAAACCCUUGUCAUAUCCACCAGCUCCUUACCUAGCCAGACCAAAUCAGAGCGGGAUUCCUGGUUUUGUGCCGCCUUACGUUUCACCUCCGAUGCUGAACAUUCCACAGGGCUCUGUGCAAACCAAACCCAUGACCCAGCACAUGUCCAGCCAAAGUGGUGCCUCAGGAAAGGGUCCAUAUCCAUACAACCUCUCUGAAUCUGCAGUCAACACAAAUCCCACUGGUGGUAAAACUGCGUCAGAGCAAAACAACUACAGUAACAUUCCUAAUGAAGGAAAACACACUCCCCUUUAUGAAAGAUCAUCUCCAAUUAACCCGGCGCAAAGCGGGAGCCCAAACCAUGUGGAUUCCACUUACUUCCCAGCAUCCUCGCCUUCUUCCUGCUCAGACAAUGAUGAUAGCAAUGGAGGAACGGCCAAUCACGUCAGUGGGAACAAACCUGGUUGGGAUAAAAAAAGAAAACCCGGCAAAGCAAACAAGAGAGAGGCUGGAGACCAAAGCAAGGCAGAAAAUCCCCCUCCUGCCUCAUCAGGUAAUAAAACAGCAGAUAAAAAAGGUAACCAGGCCGGGAAUAUGCAGAUCCCAUGUCUGCUGUCAAUGCCAACCAGGAACCACAUGGAUAUCACAACCCCGCCCCUUCCUCCUGUGGCCCCAGAGGUCCUGAGAGUGGCAGAACAUCGGCACAAGAAGGGGUUAAUGUAUCCCUACAUCUUUCAUGUCCUAACAAAGGGAGAAAUUAAAAUUCCAGUUACAAUUGAAGACGAAGUAAACAAGGAUCUGCCCCCCGCCACGGUGCUGUACAGACCAGUUCGUCAGUACGUCUAUGGCGUCUUGUUUAGCUUGGCAGAAAGCAGAAAGAAAUCUGAACGACUUGCAUUCCGAAAGAACCGAAUGCCCCCAGAAUAUUUUCCAGUUAUCAUAAAAGAAUGGGCAGCCUACAAAGGGAAGUCUCCCCAGACACCUGAACUGGUGGAAGCUCUGGCAUUCCGAGAAUGGACAUGCCCCAACCUAAAGAAGUUGUGGUUGGGUAAAGCCGUAGAGGACAAGAACAGGCGGAUGAGAGCUUUCCUGGCCUGCAUGAGAUCCGACACCCCAGCAAUGCUUAAUCCGGCUAAUGUACCCACCCACCUCAUGGUGCUGUGCUGUGUAUUAAGGUAUAUGGUCCAGUGGCCAGGAAUCCGAAUUCUGCGCCGUCAAGAGCUUGAUGCUUUCCUGGCACAGGCGCUCUCCCCAAAACUGUAUGAACCUGAUCAGCUGCAGGAGCUUAAGAUCGAUAACUUGGAUCCCAGAGGUAUUCAGCUGUCUGCCUUGUUCAUGAGUGGGGUGGACAUGGCGCUCCUGGCAAACGAUGCCUGUGGGCAACCAAUCCCAUGGGAGCACUGCUGUCCGUGGAUGUAUUUUGAUGGAAAACUUUUUCAGACCAAGCUCAUUAAAGCCACCAGGGAGAAGGCGUCACUCAUUGACCUCUGUGAUGGUCAGAGUGAACAGGCAGCCAAGGUAGAGAAGAUGCGUCAGAGCAUCCUGGAAGGGCUGCACUUUGCCAGGCAGAACUAUCCUAUGCCGUUCCCACCUCCUCCCCCAAUGCCCUUCUAUCCAGCUGCUAUGUAUCCUCGCCCCUUUUGUCCCAUGCCCCCACCUCAAGGCAGAGGGAGAGGCUUUUCUGGAGUUCAACCAAUUCCUUCUCAAGGAGGAAAACUUGAGAUAGCCGGCACAGUUGUUGGCCAGUGGGCUGGAACCAGACGUGGCCGUGGCAGAGGACCAUUCCCACUGCAAGUGGUUUCGGUUGGUGGACCAACAAGAGGGCGUCCUAGAGGUGUCAUUUCAACCCCAGUCAUACGAACGUUUGGAAGAGGGGGCAGAUACUAUGGAAGAGGAUACAAAACUGCAGUUGUAUCCCAGGCCAAGCCCCCCUACGCUGCUUCAGCAGAAGAAGUGGCCAAAGAGCUUAAGACACAAUCAGAAGACUCCAAAUCAUCAGCUGUGUCCUCAGAUGGUUCUGUGGCUGAAAAUGGGGUGCUGACCGAAGAGACACCAGCCUCCCAGAUGAAUGGAGGUUCGGGAGAUGCAGGGGUUUCCCUUCACUCUGAAAGUGCCUUAAGUACGGACUCUAAGAUGUGCAAUACAAAUCCUCACUUAAAUGCACUAAAUGCAGACAGUGUAUGCCACAAAGAUGAGACUCUUGAGGCUGCUGUCUUAAAACAAGAAGAGUAAACUUAUUUUUCUAGAGGGUGAAGGAUGGUUGAGAGUUCAGGGUUAGGAAUAUCUGGAAAGAAAGAGAGCCUACAGUUACGUACAUUUUUUCCUUUCCGUAAGAGAAAAAUAAGGACUUUGGAAAUUCGGAUCCCUCUUUUGACGUCAGAUUAAAAGAAAAAAAAAUAUUUUAUUUUUAACCAGUUGUAGUCAAAAUGCUACAAAAUAAACAAAGCUGAAAAAAUGAAGAGCAUUUGACUCCCACGUUUAAAUGAAACAUACACAAAGCUAAACUGGUUAUGUUAACAACAACAAAAAGAAAAUGCUUGUAGUUCUGUUUCUUGAAAUAAAAUACACAUUUUUGCAGUUUUUUUCAGUAUAUAUAUAGCUUACAAUAUAAUUUGUAGUAUCUGGCACCAUAUGUAAUGCCAUUUAUAUUUGAUUUUUGCAUUAACGUGUCACAAAAAUCUAUUAGAAACUUCGGUUUCAAGAUAAUGAGAAUAGAAAUACGGCACAAACAGGUUUUUUUUAAUAACAAUCAUCACUUGAUGUGGUUUUUCUAUUUAAAUGUGCAACCUAUUGGAACAAAAGAUAGUUACAUUGCAGUUUUUUGCUGAUUUUUUAAAUAGUCAUGAUACAUAAUAUUCAGCAAGAAAAAAAGCAACUGACCUUUUUCAAAACAAACACUUGUUCUGAAUCUCUUUGGUGAGUAAUACCAUGCAUCCGUGAUCAAUGAACGAUGUGUAGACCAUAGUACUAAACUUCUGCAUGGUUGUAGUUAAUAUAAUGCAUGUGAUUGUCCUAUUCUUUCCAUUAUUACAAGUAAUGUGCCCAUUCGCAAAACAACAAAAAAAAAAAACUAAUAAUCAGUAAUAGUCCUAUAAAAGAUGUUAACUAUGUUUAUAGUCAUUGACUGAUUUUGCUCUAACCUUACAAUUUUGUGAUUAAUGACCUCUGUUGCAUUUAUUCUAAAACGUUUUAAAAAAAAAUAUGAUUAUCUAGCCGUUUAAUAUCAACGUUACCCUGGUGUAUUCAUUGCUGUUGCAUUAUUGUUAUCUGUUGCUGUUUUAAUGCCUUCAUAUUAGCAAAUAUGAAAUUCUGUGGAAAAAAAAUAAUAUAAACAGUGCUUUGAUUUUUAAGAUUACCCCCUUCUGUAGCAAGACAAGGAUUUGUUUGUUCCUGGUAAAUUCCCUAUCAGGAAAAUAGUCUAAGUAUAAGCGAAGUACCCUGUAUCAUUUUGAUGUUUCUGUUAGUGUUUCCAAACUUUUAAAUGUACUUUUGAAAAAUCCGAAUCAUUUCUUUCUAUUCGUUUUCAUAUAAUUCUCCUGAUGCUCUUCAUUACACAUUAGUGAUCAGAAAUGAGGUGUAAUUUCCCAUUCCCUGCAAGAGCUAAGUAGGUAUUUUAAUGUAAGUUGAAGGGAGUUUUGCCCCAACUCAUGGACUGUGCAAGAAUGAACUGCUGUCGGGUUUGGUUGGAUGUAGAUGGAUUGUGGUGCGCUCUGUUUGAAGGCUAUUGAAUGCAACUUACAAUGCUUAAUAAAAAUCUUUAUUCUUUUAGUAUAAA